UGACCCACAAUUCGCAUGAACCUUUAAACACGUCACACCUAACCCUUUAAAGGAGUACAAAGGGCCAUCCAAAAAAAAUUCAGAUUAAGACGUCGGAUGAAAGUGUGUGUGUCAUUUUACCGAACAGCGCGAAAAGUUUUGAUGUGUGCAAUUUGUUUCCCAGAAAAAAACUCACAUAAACAUAGCUGCGCGCGUUCACCCUUAACUCGCUACUCCGGGUGAAACGAGGAUGAGGAGGUGAUCAUGACGCGAAAGGGGGGGCUCGUUCUGAUUCGCUGGUCAAUGGGGGUCAGCGCCCUGUCCCUUUGCCGGCGUAAACCAGUUUUGACAGUCCCUUUGGAGAAUCGGGGAUGGAAGGAGCGGCCGCAGCAAUGGACGACUUCGAGGUCCCGCCAGAGUACCGGCAUCUAAUGCCUCUUUCCCUUUGGGAAAUUCGCACACUGCGGCGGUGUGCGGCACAAAAAACACGGCCGUACGGCGAUACCCCUGUGAUGCCGGCACAGGUUCAGUUUGCCGGCGUCCGCGACAGCGACCGCGCGGCCGCCGCUACGAAGCGAAAACGCCGAGACAGCGCGGCCGAGUGGUGCACAUGCGGUUCGUGCCGCUCAAUGGACACGGGACGCGAAGACGUCUGCUGUCGGGACGUGCCGGCAGCAAUGCAAAAAAUGCCCGUGGGGUGCGUCGCAACAGCCGCAGAAUUUCAGGCGUCGUGCCUCACAGAAAUUGUGGUGCAAUUAGCACUGCAGAUGCUUGAAAACCAGGGAGUUUUCAGGAACACCCCACUGCAUGAGAGAUACCGCCAUGUUGCCUACAAACAAUGUGCAUCGUGGCUUUGGGGGCGCCUCGAAGAGGGAGAUAGGCGUGUGCUGCCAUCCUGCGUAGUGUGGGCCAUCCGGGACAAGUUUCCGUCUACGUUUUAUACAGGGUUCAAACCUGCACAAUAGUAGUAGGAUGUAUAUAUAAAUACGAUACUCUAACCUA